CUGACUCCCUUUUACCCCUGCCAGGUCGCAGCUGACACGGGUAUAAAGGAACGCGCCGCGCCGGCUGACCUCACAGGGCUCCUCCACGGCCAGUCCAGUCAACCUACUGGAAACACAUCAACCAUGGCCUCCUCGUGAAGUGAAGUGCAGUAAGCCUGACAGUUGCCUUAUCUAGUGUCGUCAAAGAUUGUGUGCAUACUCGUGACUUACCCAAACCUUACAAGAUAGAAAGUGCUUCGAAUAUCAACCUUAUAAACAGGAAUUGUAACAAGAGAGGCAAGACUACCACAGAAGGCAAAAUGGUGCAGUUGGCCCAAUUUUUGUCCCGCACCCUCCGCGCCAUGACCGUGGAGCCCGUCAUGCUGAUGGACGGGGCGUGCAAGGAGGCCAUGCUGCUCUACACCGAGAACGUCCACAUGGAGAAGAUCUGCACUCUCAAGAUGGGCUACUCCCAGGAGGUGUGCCAGAACCUCUCUGACUACGAGGAGGAGGACGUGGCCGUGCAGCGGGAGCUGACAAUGUUCACUCUCUACAACAGCAUCAUCAUGUCGGUGCUGCCGCUCGUCUACGUGCUCUUCAUGGGCGCCUGGAGCGAUAAGUACGGCAGAAAGAUUCCAAUCCUAAUUUCGCUCGUGUGUCGCCUGCUUCACGCUGCGGGUUACUUACUAGUCAACUGGCAGACCAGCUGGCCCGUGGAGGCGCUGUUACCGAUGACUUUCCUUGAGGGGCUCGGCGGAGGAAACGCCGGGAUUCUUUCAUCCACCAUCAGCUACAUCAGUGAUGUCAGCAGCGAAAAGAAUCGUACGUCGCGGCUCAGCACUGCCAACUCUUUGUGGUUUCUCGGGGGACCCAUGGGCACGCUGCUCGCCGCUGUCCUCAUCAGGAGCUACGGCUACAACCUGCCCCUCGGACUGGUGUUGGUGACCUACAUCGUCGCCGUCGCCUACGUGGUGAUGUUCAUCAGUGAGAGCCACGGACCGUACGCCAAGAAGGAGCUGCGGGCCCGCGGCUCCCUGCAGCCCCAGGAGAACAUCGCGGAGGAAAAGGUGCCGCUCAGCACCAUGGUGAAGGACUUCUUUGACUGGCACAGAGUCGUCGAGUCCUUCAAGACGGCCUUCAAGAAGCGAGACGGGAACGCUCGCGCUGUGCUGCUGCUGAUCCUGGUUGGGAACAUGCUGCGCCGCGUUGCUCGAAGCUUCUUCAUGUACCAGUUCGUGCGGCAAGUGUUGGAGUGGGAUGCCUCUGAGUAUGGCUACUGGAUCACCUACCGCAACCUCCUGGCGGCCCUCGGUUCGCUGUUCCUUGUGCCUCUGCUCACUAGCAGGCUGUCGUUCUCGGACACGGCGCUGGUGGUGGUUGGAGCUGGCUCGAUCAUCCUCGAGUAUCUGUUUUACGGCCUCACAGGCGGAAUGCACAAGGCCGUCCUGAUGUGGAUCGGGCCGCCAGUCGGACUGGUGUCAAAUGCUUGUGUCAUCGCCUUCAAGUCAAUGGCCACCAAGUUGGUUACAAGUGGAGAGAAAGGUCGCGUCAACGCCGUGAUCGCUGCCCUCAACGGCCUCAUGCCGAUGAUAGGCUACUUUGCCUACUCCCCCAUCUACUACCACACUAUUGACACAUUCCCAGCCGCACAGUUCUACUUCGGUGCCGCCGUGAACCUACUCAUCAUGAUCCUCUUCAUGUUUAUGGGAACGCCCCAGAAUCCUGAAGAGUACGACACCGAGAAGGGCGGUGAUGAGCCGACCCCCAGCUUCAUCUUCGACUUGAAGAGGCGCUCGUCUGUCAUCCUCAAGGUCAUGGCCCACCCACUGGACCUCCCUGGUUGCAAAAACGUUAACGAUAUUCCCUCGCCGCCGCGGCUUCAGUCCCAACCCUCGCAGGAGGAGCUCACGGCGACGCCAACUCACGAAAGCCUUGCUGGCUGCCACUCCAACGAGCUGAGUGACGCGGACCUGACGAUGACGGAGGCUGCUGGUGAGGAAGGGGCGAGUGGGGACACCGCAGCUCCCCAUGCGUCCCCGCCUUCCCCCCAGGCCGAGGGGGAAGGCUAGGUCAGCAGCUUGUUGGUCAGCAACACAUUCAAAACUUUCGCACGUCAUACCUCAUUUCCGGCACAAGAACACCAGAACAUGUCAUUGUGUUGCCCGGCACAUCAUCACCCACUGAUAGCAUGUACAUUACAUACUUGUUUAGAUUUAGGUGAGAAUGUAUCAAUAUUUAUAUCAGCGCGAAUGUGGCUUUUACAAUUUUAUACUGAUGAGAAAAAUGUUAGUAUCCACAAUCUUGUAACUUCCGUGUGUGUGUGUGUGUGUGUGUGUGUGUGUGUGUGUGUGUGUGUGUGUGUGUGUGUGUGUAGUUCACCCAAGGCCUGAUCACGAGCUGGGCUCGCAAUCGACAGCAAGUACCCUCCCGACCCGAACAAGCUUUGUAUAAUCGAUCUCUGGGUACCGCCAGGACCUCCACACACCCCAUCCCCCUUGCUCAAGGGGAGAUAGUAACCGUUCCUCUGUCAGUGGAAAAAUCCCCCCUGAGGGCUCGAAUCUCCGCCUGCCAGACCAAGGAGUCUGGCAAAGCAGCGCUCUAUCACUGAGCUACCGGAGCGGUCUGUGUUUGUGUGUGUGUGUGUGUGUGUGUGUGUGUGUGUGACAAAAGUAUUGAUAUUAAUAUUGAUAAUAAUAAUGAUGGUUUAAAUAAUUACGGAUUAUUAAUUACUGCUGCCAGGGGCCAAAAAAGACAUACAGAUAUCUGAAAUAAAAUAAUACAAUUUUACAGUUAAGGACACGCACAAAAAAAGGAAAGUAGUAAGAAAAAAUAAAACAAGGUGGAAAUUGAAGCUAAAUCAUUAAUAAGCAAAUAAAAGACUGAUAUACUAAAAGAUAAGAAGAAAAAUGGCGCGAUAAGAAAUUGACAACUUCGAUUGUGGGAAAUCAAUGAUAAAAAUCUAUGAAAAUAAAUGUGAGUAAAUGUGUCAUAUGAAAUAACGGUAAUGGAGAAUUAUCGAUUAGCGUAGUCUACAAGCUCCUCACGUGGUGGUGUGUUUGUAUUGGUCGGCGAGAACGCUGCCGGGCACGCGAAGUGGUGACAAACUGCUCGCUGGGGGGCGGGGGACGCGUCGGAGGUGAUAUCGGUGGUGGCGGUGGUGAAAGAUAUCUCCCCUUAACCCCUUGAGUGCGGAUUUCCUACAAGAAGACCUCAUCAAGCUACAGGAAUGGAACAAAAAAGUGACUGCUACAAUUCAAUGAAGAAAAACGUAAAGUCAUGCACCAAUACCACAUGGGAAA